AUGGGAUUGAUUUACGGAGCAGCUUGGCAUAGUAUGGCGCUUUUUAUCCCAGCUUCGAUUACGAUGAAAAUUGCUCAAAGAAAUGAAGAAGAAGAGCGAUUUUCAGAAGCAAAAGAUUUUUGGCUGAAAUAUUGGGUCGUCUUCGCGCAUUACUACUUGAUAGAGUACUUUGCCGAUUGCUUCGUUUCUUGGGUCCCUUUUUAUUCAGAGUUAAAAUUUCUGAUUCUGGUCAUGGCCUGCCCAAUUACUCCCUUCGGCGCUCUGAAAGCUCUUGGUGGAGUGCCCCUCGAUUCGCUUGAACUCAACAAGUCGCCAGUGGAAGCCAUCUUCGACAUAAUUGUCUUCACCAAAACCUCGUCAAGUGAUGGUGCUGCUAGACUCGGAAUAAAUCGCGACGCUCUUCGAGAAACUACCACCGUGCUGAUUGAAAAAGCCGGUGCGACGCUGCAGCUAGCCGGAUCAGCUUUGCAGCUUCUUAUGAACCUCGCUCAGAGCUCCCAGCGAGCUCAAGAAAUUGAAGAUGCUCCAACUUCCCGGCGAAAGAAAAAGCGCGAAAUGGAUGAUUCUGAUGAAUUCGAUGACUUUGCGCCAACGAUUCAAACUAUCCGAAUAAGCGAAAGUAGAAUUAGCAUAAACAGUAAUGAGAGGAGAAGACAGCCUCGACCUCUGAUUUCACACGGUCAUCGGACUCCUCAUGGACAGAGGUCGAGCAAUCUCUCUCAUGGAAGCUCGGUAAGCAAAAGCUCGAGCAUAAGCUCCCGUUCCGCGCGAACACGAUCUUCGAAUGUGAGUAGAAGUGGCUUCGAAAACUAUUCCAGCGGCAACACUGGCAGCCGGAACACUGGCAGUGGCGGAAUGAAUGAUUUCGAUGAGAAUAAUCUGCUGCUUGAUGAAAAUCAGGGUGGCUCGAGUAAUCUCAGCAAUCAAAACUCGAGCAUGUAUCACAACUACAGCAAGUUCGGAUCGGAUGCGAAUUCAAGAGCCACAGCCUUCCAGGAAUCAAAAGUUCAAGCUGCUCUUCGCCAUGGAAAUGAGAGGCUGGCAAAGGCGGCUGACAGUACAGAGAUCUACAAAAAGUACUAUGAUGUCAGAAGAGGCGCUGGAGGCGUCGCGACUGGAGAGCUCAAGAUUCCGGAUAAUGUUGGAUAUGACAACAGCGGAAGACAUCUUCCGAUCAUGGAGAGCGCUCAAGAGAUCAUUUCGAGCUUCGAUCGGCAGCAGGUGACCCUGAUCUCGGGCGAGACUGGAAGUGGGAAGAGUACUAUCGUCCCGCAGUUGAUCAUGGAUCACAUGGUCAGGAAUAACCAAGGCGGGUGCAUUUGGGUGACACAGCCGAGAAGAAUCGCAGCGAUAACCAUCGCAGAGAGAGUUGCGGACAGUAGAGCGCCUCUAUGGAAACAUUGUGGACAGGGACUCGUUGGAUAUCAUGUUGGACUGGACAAGAACUGUUCCCAAGAUGCGAGGAUCAUUUACAUGACUCCCGGAAUCGUGUCGAAUAAAAUGCAAUCAGAUAGAGAACUGAGAUCUGUCCGAUGCCUCAUCAUCGACGAAGUCCACGAGCGAGAUGUCGAGACAGAAAUGCUCCUUCUUCUGGCGAAGCAUCUGAUCAGCGUCAACAAAGACAUCCGGCUUUUUCUCAUGUCCGCUACAAUGACGCCUGAAAAAUUUAAGAAUUAUCUGACAGUAAGACAAGUCAUUCCAGCUGUCAUAAGUGCGAGAGGACGUCCUUAUGCCGUCACAAAUGAGUACGUUGCUGAUAUUCAGCGACGAUUUCCGAACAAAAGCGGACACGAAGUGCGAUUUAAAGCGCAACUUGAGCAGACAGAAAUCGGCCCUGCGCAGCGAACCCUUUGCAUGGAUAUUUUGAGAGGACUGAACGAUUUUGAAUAUCAAACAGGAGCCGAGGCUCCUGGAGCUGUAUUAAUCUUCUUGCCAGGCUUAUACGAAAUAAACCAAAUGAGGAGGUUAAUUCUAAAUUGUUCGAUGCAGCGAAAUGGCCAGGAAGAACUUGAUGUCGUUGUCGAAAGAUUGCAUUCAAGUCUGCCAAGAGACCGAAACACAAUGAAGAAGAUCAUCGAUCCUCUGCGUCCGUUGCCGGGUCGUUGGCGGCGGAAAAUCGUUCUGAGUACGAACAUGGGGGAAUCUUCAAUUACUAUCUCCGAUUGCGCUUACGUGAUCGACUUUUGCCUAACAAAAUACACAACAAAGCAUGAUACAGCAAAACUGACCCGACUGGAACAGCGAUGGGCUUCGCAAGAAAUGUGUGAGCAGCGAAGUGGACGAGCAGGAAGAACGAGGGAAGGAAUGUGUUGGCGAAUAAUUGACAAGAGCUUUUGGGAGCUCGGCAUUCCGAAGACGCAGACAGAAGAGAUUCUUCGAGUUCCAUUGGAUAACUGCGUUUUGCUUGGAAAAUCUGUUUUCCCAUCUGUCAAGCCUGUUGAUUUCUUGAAAGAAGCUUUGGCAAGACCUGAUGAUAAAGAAGUUCUUGAAGCAGUCAAAUCGUUGAAAGAAAUUGGCGCAUUGACGAUGACGGCUUAUGAAAGACCUGAUGUUGAUGAGAAAGGCAAUCCUUUGCCGAUGGUAAUCACGAGAGAAGAUCUUGAGGAUGGAAUACUUACGCCUUAUGGGAAGUUGAUGAAUCUCUUGCCUAUGGAUCGAAAUUGUGUAAAAUUGAUUCAACUAGGCUACAUGGUCGGUUUGACUUACGAAUGCAUCAUCAUCGCAGCUUGUUCAAGUGUCGAAGCAUUCUGGAACUAUAACAAGGACGUCAGCGAAGACGAUCGAGAUCAAGCCGAACACAUUAAUGCUUACAAAUCACGACUCUACUGGGCAAGCGGAACUUAUUCCGAUCACAUAGCGAUGAUGAACGCGUUUCUCUCCUGGUUUCAAAAGAUGCCAGAAAAUUACAGAAGAGAUUAUAGAAAGAAGGAGCAUAAAUUUCCCAAAUUCAUUACAAAUCCCCACCAUCCCUCAGGAAUAAUCGUUGAUCAAAGAAAAGAGCUGGAAUGGACGCAAAGAAUGGGCAUCAAUGCUAAAGCGGUGCGGGAAGUGCAUAUGCUCUGUGAGGACAUUAUCAAACGACUACUUUCAGCAGGAUAUCAUCUUGGAGAUGGGAACACUUUUCUCGAUCGAUUGAGUACUACAAGAAAGAAGGCUAGAUCUCAUCCAGAUUCGUACAUCUGCUUGUUGAAAACGAUCAUUGCUGGCUCUACUUAUCCGUUCUGGUUCAACCUUGCAGAUGUGGAGGAAUCAGAAGCCACGAAGGAUUCCAACGCCUUCAAUGGUACUACAACUGUCUAUUUCAAAGGCGCUCCACCACAUGAAAACUAUAAAGUCGGGAAAAGCAUCUUGCAUCGCUUCCGCCAUUGCGGUCCGAUUUCUCGUAUCUACUUUGACGAUACUCGAAUAUUCGUCGAAUUUUCUCCGGAACUCGACACGCCAAGCAUAUUUCCGUCGAAAAAUUCGUUGAAUAAAUAUGUUGAGCACAAAGGCUCUAAUGAGUUUAACAAUGUUACGCCAGCUGUUAUAUGCGCGAUGAAAAUGGGCAGGAGAAGAGGGGAUACCUCAUCGUUCCUGAAUGUAAACAUGAACGAAGACUUGCAGCCGGCUGUUCAAACGAAUCAAGAUUCCUUCCAGGGCUCGAGAUUUUUCUGGCUAGACGUUCUGAAAUUCGGCAAUAAGCGGGCCACGCCAAGCAUCAAGGAACACAAUAGAUUAUACUUCGCCACCAUUUCCUACGUUGAGAGUUUCACUGAAUUCUACGCUGUCGAGCAAUCUUUUGAAAAAACCCGAGAUACACUCGAAACUGCCAUUAGAAAGCUUGACGAAAGAGGCAAGCUGAUGCCAUUUACUUUUCCUGUGGAAAGGUUGGCAAUGGUUCUAGCACCCUUUGGAGAUGGAGAAUAUCGAACUUAUCAUCGAGCAGUUGUUCUGGCGACCGAUAUAGACGAAGGAAAUGGUAUUCAAAAAGUGCUUGUCCAGUUUGUCGACUAUGGAAACAUUCAUUUAUUGAGCAACAACGAUCUUCGAAUGCUGGACGAAAAAAUUCACUACAAAGACAGAAAUACCGGUCAACAAUUGAAUAUCGCCCACCAAGUAUGGCUGGCGAUCAAGUAUAAAAUUCGUGGACUUCAACCUAUCAAAGACAUGCCCGAGCGAUAUGUAAGCGGUCUUGUUGAAGGUGCACAUUGCGAGAUUGAAAUUUACUCAACUGUGCGUGGCGAGUACGUACUUGCUGAUGUGAAAGUUAUGGGCGAGAAUCUUCGUGAAAAGUUCAUAAAAGAAGGUUUCUGCCAACCAAAAGAGGAAAACGCUGCAGAUGUAAUCAAUGCACUAAAUUGGCGAAAUGCGGCUGCUGCGAAGAAAUCAGCGAAAACACCGCAGCAACAAGGAGGACAGACGAGAACUUCUGACUCAGGAUUGCCGAGAUCUCCAGGAGGAACUGUUCCUUCUGAAUCCAAUAGCUCACCGGAGGCGACUCAGGGAAAAACUUGGAUAGAAGUUAAAGAUGUGUCAGACCCGAAUCAAGACGAAAGAGGGCGUCCAAGGAGAGAAAAGAAACUUCAGGGGCCAUACAACAUGUACUCUACGAGGAUUCAGCCUCUUUUCCAGACAACAUGUUCUUCUGAUGUUCAAGCAAAUUCGAUCAACAGCGUGAUCAUCAAUCCCCAUCCAGAAUCAAACGAUCGAACACUGAUUUGCGGCCAGGAUGUGUCCCUCGUUUCUGGGGAGAAUAUGCAGGCAUCGUUUACGACAAUGAUGCCAAAUAUCAACGGCAUCAUUGAACUUUGCGGAUUACUCUUUGCGCCUUCAUACCAAGUUCGCCACGUAAAAGAUGAAACAGAGAGAAUUCGGCGAAAGCGCGCGGAGGAAGGGUUUUCUGAUUUGAGCAAUAUUGGCGCGUUGUUUGGAUGCGGCGGGUACAAAGUCAAAGGAGCCAAAGGAAGAGACGAAUUCUUGCCAAUUUUGAAGGACCACGACGUAGAUCGUAAAUUCUCGGUGGAAAUUGACAAUCAUGAUCUCGAUAUAAUUUCAGAUAUUCGUGAACAAUUCAACCAGUUUCUCGGGAGUAAUAACCAGUUCUGCGUUAGCCAUAAAAGUCCAGCGCAAGUCGUCUCAGCUCAAAAGGAGAUUUCUCGCAUGAUCAUAGACCUUCUCUAUCGCCCUAGACAGAAACUGGAAUCCAAUCAACAAUACAUUACGAAUCUUGAAUGGAAGAAAUCCAGCGACUCUGCUCAUUUUGUCCCCAUAUUCAAGAGAGACACAGCCUAUGCAGUCCCUCGAAUUCCAGAAUAA